AUGGAAGAAAGAUUAAAAAAUGAGCUUGAACAACCUGGAAAAUGGUAUGAUUGGGUCGUGAUCCUAGGUGGAACAAAUGAUGUAAUAAAUGGUUAUUCAGCAUGGGAAAUCUUUGACGGUUUAAAGAAAUUGUAUACAUUAUGUUCAAAACAUGGUGCUAGAGUGCUUGGUAUCACUAUUCCUGAAUUUGAUUGGGAUAUUGUAAAUCAUUUAGAUUAUCAAAGACGUAUUGAUAUUGUAAAUCAUUUAGAUUAUCAAAGACGUAUUGUAAAUGAACAUUUAAAAUUCUUCCCAAUGCAUUCAUUAACUACUGAACAACGUAGAAUAUUUUGGGAUCAUGAUGGUGUACAUCCUACACAAGAAGGUUAUGACUUAAUGGGUGAUAUGAUGUUUGAUAUACUUUUCAAAGAGGGAACAUGGGAUUAA